GACAGUAGUUGGACGCGUGACGAAAGGGGCUGCUUAAAAAUACGACAAGGAAGUGGACAUUGAGGAGCGUCGGCUCGAUUAUAUUAAAAAGAGUGAAGUUACAGUGUUUAUUGUGGUGUUUUGAAGGUUGUAGACAGGUGCUAGCUCGCUGCUAGCCGUUUUAGCUGCAGAACAGCGGAUACAGCGAUGAACACAGACGUGGAAUUUCACAUCAGGCAAAAUUACCCGUGGAACAAACUGCCAGCCAACGUCAAGCAGAGUCUUGGAAACUCACAGAGGGAGUAUGACAAGCAGGUAUUGCUGUACAGCAUACGAAACCAGCUACGGUUUCGCAAUAACCUGGUCAGGCACGUGAAGAAGGAUGAAAGGAACUACUACGAGGAGCUGCUGAAGUACAGCCGUGAGCACCUGAUGCUAUACCCGUACCAUCUGUCUGACAUCAUGGUCAAAGGUCUGCGAGUCACUCCCUUCUCCUACUACAUCAGCAUUAUGGAGGACAUUAUGAACAGCGAGAAGAGCUACGACUCUCUGCCCAACUUCACUGCUGCUGACUGUCUGAGGCUUCUCGGCAUUGGGCGAAACCAAUACAUCGAUCUGAUGAACCAGUGCAGGUCAUCCAAAAAAUUUUUUCGGAGAAAAUCAGCAAGGGAUCUUCUGCCAGCCAAACCAGUGGAGAUCUCAGUGGAGCCAUGGUGGGUAGCGCAAACCGGCUACAUCACCGAAGAUGACAUAAGGAUUUGUUCUACAGCGGAGAAGAGGGCCAUUGAUAAGAUGAUUGAUUCCGGACCCCAGCUGGCUGGAUCUAUGGAGUACAAUGUGGUUCUCAGUCUGUAUAACAGGGGCUUUAUUUACCUUGAUGUACCCAUAUCUGAUGACAGCUGUAUAUCAGUGCCACCUCUGGAGGGGUUCGUCAUGAACAGGGUCCAGGGCGAUUACUUCGAGACUCUGUUGUACAAAAUCUUUGUAUCCAUUGAUGAGCAGACCAACGUGUCCGAGCUGGCGAAUGUGCUGCAGAUUGACUUGGGCCUGGUGAAGAAUGCUGUGUCCAUGUACUGCCGACUUGGUUUUGCCAUCAAGAAAGGUCAGGUGAUCAGCCCUGACCAGCUGCACACGUCAUGGAAAAGCGCUCCCUCUGUCAACAGACUAAAGGGCACUAUGGACCCUCAGAAGAUGCUGCUGUCCUGGGAGGGGAGCAGUCCGGUAAUGGAGGCUGGUUCCUCUGCUACAGACACAGACACCACCAGUUUGGAGGACCAAGAUGCAGCGAGCACGAGUAGUUUAAAUAUUCCUGCGGCCCCUACAAAGAGAAUCGCCUUCCUGUUCGAUUCCACUCUCACAGCCUUCCUCAUGAUGGGCAACCUUUCCCCUAAUUUAAAGAGCCAUGCAGUGACCAUGUUUGAGGUGGGGAAGCUAUCGGAUGAGACGCUGGACAGUUUUUUGAUGGAACUAGAGAAGGUUGAGAGCACUGCCGAAGGAGAAGCUCAGAGGUAUUUUGAUCAUGCACUUACCCUCAGGAACACAAUACUCUUUCUGCGCUACAACAAAGAGCUCACUCCGGAUCAGGGCCCUGACAUACCAAAUAUAGGCCUGCCUCUGGACCUCCUCCGAUGUGAGAGUCUGCUGGGAUUGGAUCCUGCCACCUGCAGCCGGGUGCUCAACAAAAACUACAAGCUGCUGGUUUCCAUGGCGCCGCUAAGCAACGAAAUCCGGCCAAUCAGCAGCUGUACACCUCAGCACAUUGGGCCAGCAAUCCCUGAGGUCAGCUCCAUUUGGUUUAAGCUGUAUUUGUACCAUGUGACCGGCCAGGGCCCUCCUUCUCUCCUGCUGUCCAAGGGUUCAAGAUUACGGAAACUACCAGACAUCUUCCAGGCUUAUGACCGGCUCCUCAUCACUUCCUGGGGUCAUGACCCUGGUGUGGUUCCAUCUUCAAACGUCCUCACCAUGUUGAAUGAUGCCUUGACUCACUCUGCUGUGCUCAUACAGGGUCAUGGCAUGCAUGGGCAUGGGGAAACAGUUCAUAUCCCUUUCCCUUUUAAUGAAGAGGACUUCAAAGGGGAAUUCUCCUAUUCCAACAUGUGUGCUCACAAGGCCCUGAAGGUCCUGCGUGAAAAAGUGGAUCUGGAGCACCAGUGUGGCUACAUUACAAUGUUAAACUGUAACAACAGGAACCGCCGCAGGACAAGUGAUGCAGAUGCAGUUGGAGAACCCGAGUUCGGUACAGGGUUUGACGCCAAUGGAAGCAGCGAGUCUUUUGAGCUGGUUACUGAGGAGAACAACGGGGACGGCAGUAAGAAGCAGGGAACAGAGGGGUCUUCCAGUGAGGAUGAGUGGGUUCCUCUGGAGCUGUGCUUUGGAAUGCCGCUGUUCAGCUCGGAGCUAAACCGUAAAGUGUGUGAGGGGAUUGUCUCACACAAACUCUGCAGCAAAGAUAGUCUUCAGGAACUGUUACAUUCCAGUCGAAAGCUGUCCUUGAAAGUUCUGAGUUUUGUCCAAUCAUUCCAAGACUGUAGCUAUUCCGGUGACCCGGACAGUGGGGUGUCAGGGCCUCUUUGCCAGCCGCCGGCUGAGACUGGUGUCCCUCUUCCUGCCAUAAACCUCCUCUUUAAGGACAGGCAGCUGAAAGAGUGGAGCGGGCGAGCCCCGCCUUCCCUCCACCUCUCCACCAUACAAAGAGACCAAUCCACAUAAAACCACACCCCCCACCUCUCUCAAAACAAAUAACAAACAAACAAACAAAAAACAUCUACACAAUAAUCACCUUCACACCCAGUCCCACUCACUCCAACCAAGCUAGCAGUGUUAAUAUCUUGGCCCUGUUUGGUUUCAGCCGAACGUAACACUCUAUGCUAAUUUAGCGAUCUGGACAUGAUCAGCUGUCACACGAUGUUGAGUUUAUUCUGUGUCCGAAUAUAAAACAUUCUCAUGUAAGUGUGAUGUUGAUUGGAAACGAAUAGGACAAGCCCUGUGGUUGGAUGAAGUCACCCAGGUCUUUUAUAAGAUGCCUAUUUGUACUGUCAUGUACAUGUCGUGUGACCUGAUGCAUGAUGUCAUUGCACAAAAUCUCAGAAGAAAAACAUGGCUUGCGUAAGUGGCCAUGAAAAUGUUUAGUUUUUUUAAUUGAUGAGUUUUUACUUUUGCACAAACUCUGAUUUUCCUUGACGUAUUUUUUUUAAUCGUUAAUGCAUGUUUGUUAUUCGAGAGGUUUUAAUCUUAUCAUAACUUUUUCACUGUCAUCAUUUCUUUUGGUAGCCUGAGCAUAGGAGCAAAAUAUUCUUUUUUUUUUUUUUUUUUUUUUUUUUUUUUUUUUGGCUGUAUCACCAAAGAUUAAUCUAUUCUUUAUUUUUUUUAAUUGGUAUUAUUUCAGAUGGCAGUUUUAGUGUUAUUUUGCAGCAUUAUACAAAAAUGACUCAGUUCCCAGUAAACUGAAAACAAAUGCGUUCUUGUGUACUCAAGGAUGUGAGACCUUCAGUUUAAGGAAUUACUCAUUUGAGCCCAGAGUCCAGCUCUUAAAAAAAAAAAAAAAAACUAGAAAGAUCAUUCUGUGUAAUAUUCCUAAUAAUCUCUUUGGUUAUAAUAAUGUAGCAUUGCUACUGUGUUAAAUCAUGUAGCCGGUCAGGCUUCGUUUCCUUUUUCGAGCUCUAUAGUCAUGGUUAUUAACGAUUGCCAUGAGAUCUUGGUGCAGCAUGAUGAGUGUUUAGAAACCAUUGUGUGUAUUGUGCAUCGUUCUUGCACUGUUCACUCCCCCCCCCCCCCCCCCCCCCCAUGUUCCCUUUCGCUAAAAACCUAUUUGCAUCCCACGGGAAAACCUGAACUCUGUCCAUUUCUCUGUUCCUAACCCAUCCCAGUGUACGAGAAGAACUUGUUAGUUUUCUAAUGUCGAUCUGCAUUUUAGGAACUCUUUGUUGUAGGGUGUUUGAUGGGACUGUGAAUAAUUUUCUUGUAAUCAUAUGGGUCUAAAAGUGACAUUCCCUCUCCUGCCACAUCCCCCACCCCCAAAACUAUAUGGUAUACCAACAUGUACAAAAUAUAUGAUAAAUAUAAAUAAAUAAAAAUGGCGCAGCAAUGUUCCCCUUAAAACCCAUUUA